AUGGUCAACAUGGUCCAGAGGUUUUUUAAUUAUCACGCCACUCCAGAGGACCAGAGCUCCACCUCUGAAUUAGAUGUUGAGUCGUGCAUUCCACCUGCAACGAAAGACGUGAUGACUGUUAUCGCAGACAUGGUGGAUAAAUUGGAAAAAGAAGAUCCGGAAUCGGCUAAGGUGCUUCGAGAAGUGGCUGUGAAAGUUAAAAUGUUGGCAUCUGGCAGUGACCUUGCAGUGGAGCACCUGGAUGCUGAAGACUCUUCUGUUCCAGAGGAGCUGAACAUAAUAUUGUCACGUCUACUCCCGCUCCUCCCCUCAGGUGUUCGAUGUCGCCAGUUUACUAACCACCGGUCCUGGUAACCAUCAUUACGCACACCUGCGCUUCAUCAUGAGGCACACCUGGACUCCAUUACCUCACUCAUUACCUCCCCUUUAUCUGGCACUCCCUUAUGUUCUUUCCCCAGGCAGUAUUGUUUCUGUGUUUCAUGUCAGACGCUACUCCUAUGUUGUAUCGUUCCAUGUUAUUUGUUAUAUUAAACUUACCACCUGCACCUGCUUCUCGACUCCCAGCGUCUACGUUACAGAAUACUGCCUCACAAAAUGGAAGCAGCAGGCAAUCAGAACAUCUCCCAGAUGGUUGACCAGCAGGGAUACCUACUUCGUCAACACCACGACCAGCUGGCGCAACUGGGGACGGCUAUGGAAAAGGUUCUUCGCAGUGUUCAACGUCUCGAACAUACCCGAGAGGCGUUGCCUUCAACUAGCGGAGGAUACUCUACCACCAGUCGACCCAGCAAGCCAGCACACCAGCCCAUUCAGCAACCAACCCAGGUCAGCGAUGCCCGUUUGUCCCUCAAGGAUAAAUAUGACGGCACCCCAUCUAAAUGCCAUGGCUUCCUACUACAGUGCUCCCUCUACUUUGCACACCAGAUGGGAGCCCCCACCACCGAGAGGUCCAGGGUUGCCACGGUUAUUUCUCUGCUGACUGGGCGGGCGUUGGAAUGGGCCACAGCCGUCUGGGAGAGAGGAUUUGUAUGAGGGGUUCAUGGCUCUGUUCAGAGGUAUCUUCGAUCAUCCACCGGAGGGCAGAUAGCGGGGUGAGUGCCUACUUCAACUAUGGCAGGAGGACCAGACUGCUGCCGAGUACGCGCUCACCUUCCGAAUAGUAGCAGCAUCCAGCGGAUGGAAUGAGGCGGCGCUUCGUACGCUAUUCAGAAGAGGACUGUGCGAGGAGGUCCAGAUGGAACUGGCCUGUCGAGGCGACAACCUCUCCUUGGACGCACUCAUCGCGAUGGCCAUCCGUCUGGAUAACCUACUUCAGGAGUGUCAGCACUCUCAUCACUUCUCUCCCUCCCUCAGUGAACACUUUGGAUCAGAGCCAGAACCCAUGGAGGUACGGGUCACACGCCUUCCCGCGGCAGAGCGACGCUUUCCCGUCCCAUGUGGUUCCACGUCGGUUGAGAGUCCUGUGGUUGCCCUUCAGCCUAACAUCCCGGAGGUAUACCAGGACCUGCGGGAGGUAUUUUCCAAAACCCGCGCCACCUGUCUCCCUCCUCAUCACCCCUGGGACUGUGCCAUCGACCUGCUUGCAGGCUCUGCGCCCCCCGCGCAGACACAUCUACCCUUUGUCGGUGGCUGAAACCAAGGCCAUGGAGGAGUACAUCCAGGAGGUGCUCCAACAAGGUUUCAUCCGCACGUCCACUUCUCCUGCGUCUGCAGGCUUCUUCUUCGUGGCCAAAAAGGAUGGAGGGUUACGCCCGUGUACUGAUUACAGAGGACUCCAAGUACCAUCAGCCAUCAAACAGCUCCGCAGGGCCCAGUUCUUUACCAAAUUGGACCUGCAGAGUGCAUACAAUCUCAUCCGCAUCCGGGAGGGGGAUGAAUGGAAGACAGCUUUUAGCACGAUGUCUGGUCACUACGAGUACUCGGUGAUGCCAUUUGGCUUAGCCAAUGCUCUGUCAGUGUUCCAGGCAUUCAUCAACGAGGUGUUCUGGGACAUGCUCGGACGCCAGGUGGUCAUGUAUAUCGACGACAUCCUGGUCUACUCGGCUACCUUGGAGGAUCACAUCGCUCACGUCCGAGUAGUCCUGGAAUGCCUCCUGGCUAACCAACUGUUUGUCAAAGCUGAGAAGUGCCAGUUUCAUUAGGAGGCUGUCUCCUUCCUAGGCUACCAAAUCAGUCCGCAAUGAGUGAAGAUGGACGUCAAGAAGGUAGAUGCGGUCAGGUCAUGGCCAGUCCCAACCACCAUAAAGGGGUUACAACGGUUUUUGGGGUUUGCCAACUUCUACUGCCGUUUCAUCAGGAACUUUAGCUCCAUCGCCGCUCUUCUCACCUCUCUUCUCAAGGGUGGUCCCCAUAGGUUGGUGUGGUCCAGCAGCUGACGAGGCCUUCCGCCUACUGAAGGGACGUUUCACCUCUGCCCCAUUGCUCAAACACCCAGAUCCCACAAUACCCUUUCUGGUGGAGGUGGACGCUUCAGAGGUGGGCGUGGGCGCACUUCUGUCUCAACGACAAGGUAAUCCACAAAAAUUGUAUCCGUGUGCGUAUAACUCUAAGAAACUGUCCCCUGCAGAGACGAAUUUGACUUCACGCUGACCUAUCGCCCAGGUUCAAAGAACACCAAAGCCAAUGCCCUGUCCCGUAUCUACGAUUCGGGAGAGGGUCCUGUCCAGAGUGCACCCAUUAUCCCUUCCUCUCGAGUUGUAGCCCCUGUGGUCUGGAGCGUAGAUGUGGACAUUCGCCAGACUCUGGAGAGGGAGCCCGCACCCACUACCUGUCCUCCUGAACACAUCUACGUCCUUGGUGUCCCUAGUCUCAUCUAUCCAUUGACUUUGUCACUGAUCUCCCCUCCUCUGACGGUUUCACCACCAUUUUGGUGGUUGUGGAUAGAUUUUCCAAAUCAUGUCAUUUCAUCCCUCUCUCUGGUCUCCCUAUUGCUCUCCAGGUUGUUGAGGCACUAUUACGGCAGGUCUUCCGUUAUUAUGGCCUUCCGGAGGACAUCGUCUCCGACCGUGGCCCCCAAUUCACAUCACGGGUAUGGAGAGCCUUUAUGGUGAAGCUCGGGGUCACAUUCAGCCUCACUUCCGGGUAAAGGCCUCAGUCUAACGGGCAGGUGGAGAGGAUGAACCAGGAGCUGGGGAGGUUCCUGAGGAGUCACUGCCAGGACCGGCAGGGAGAGUGGGCCCGAUUCCUUCCAUGGGUGGAGUACGCCCAGAAUUCGUUACGUCAGUCCUCCACCGGGCUGACUCCCUUCCAGUGUGUUCUGGGUUUUCAGCUGGCCCUGGCUCCGUGGACACCGGGCCAGACUGAAGCUCCUGCAGUGGAUGAGUGGUUCAGGCGCACAGAAGUGUGGAGCGAGGCUCACGUGAGGCUCCAGCGCGCCGUCCACCGUCAGAAGGAGCAGGCAGACCGCCACCGCAGUGAGACUCCCGUAUUCCAUCCUGGGGAUCGUGUCUGGCUCUCUACCAGGAACCUCCCACUCCGCCUGCCCUGCAAGAAGCUGAGCCCCCGGUUUGUGGUGCCGUUCAAGGUUCUCCCUGGAGUGUCAACAAGGUGAAGUAUAGGUUACAGCUUCCCAGUGACUACCGUAUCUCACCUUCUUUUCAUGUCUCCCUUCUCAGGCUGGUGCUUCCUGGUCCCCUGGCUGAUGCUGUCCACCACGACACUCCUCCGCCUCCCCUGGACAUUGAGGUCCCACCUAUGCCGUAAGAUCCCUACUGGACUCCCGACGAUGUGGGGGUCGGCUCCAGUACCUGGUGGACUAGGAGUACGGCCCAGAGGAGCAGUGUUGGGUUCAGGUGGAGGACAUUCUGGAUCCCAACAUCACCCAGGAUUUCCAUCUUCGCCGCCCGGACCAGCCCGCUCCACGUCCUCGGGGCUGUCCCUCUGGCCGGCAUCAUCCUGAGGCUGGAGCCGCUUGUCGGGGGUGGGGGGGGGGGGGGGGGGGGGGGGUACUGUCAUGUCUACACCCGCUCCUCCCCUCCGGCGUUCGAUGUUGCCGGUUUACUAACUACCGGUCCUGGUAACCAUCAUUACGCGCACCUGGCAUCAUCAUGAGGCACACCUGGACUCCAUUACCUCACUCAUUACCUCCCCUUUAUCUGGCACUCCCUUAGGUUCUUUCCCCAGGCAGCAUUGUUUCUGUGUUUCAUGUCAAGACGCUACUCCUAUGUUGUAUGUCAAGACGCUACUCCUAUGUUGUAUCGUUCUAUGUUCUUUGUUAUAUUAAACUUACCACCUGCUUCUCGACUCCCAGCAUCUACGUUACAAAUAUGAACAUCUUGUAAAGCAAUGACUCAAAAUCUUGGCACUCUACUGAGUGCGAAGUUAAAGACCAAAGCCUCAAAGGCUGUGAGUGAAAUUAUUGUGAGAAGGUUUAGGAGCGGUAUCUCUGGUAUGGUUCAACCUUCUCAUUAGUUUAGUACCACUCCAAGCUUGAUGAAUGCAUAUGGCCCAUCUGACAGGAGCCUUGAUUCUGCAGCCACUGGGCUCAUACAGACCAAAGAACAUUCUGAGGCAUCAAAAAUAAUUGAUAACUUUGUUGAAGAUGUCAAGGACAUUGUGCAGCAUGCUGAAUUAGAUCAGCCAACACUGUACGACAAAGCGGAAACCCUUCCAUGCAGCUCGUAG